AUGCCACAAUUUCAACAACAAGUACAGCAAACUGCUGCGCCUAAGGCUGCUUGGGAGGUUGCAAUUGAAAAAUUAGCAAAUGCCACCAGUCAAGAAUUCCAAAAUCUGCAGGCAACAGUGAAAAACAUAGAAAAACAAAUGGGGCAGAUUGCAUUCCAAGUUUCAGAAAGAGCACCAGGUACAUUUCCUAGCCAAACGGAACAUAAUCCAAGGGGAGGUGCAUAUUGUAAGGCAGUUCGAGUUCUACGUUCGGGUAAAAGUUAUGACAAUGGAGGUGAAAUUUGUGUUGGAAAUUCGCAGGCAGCAUCACAGCCACAAACAGAUUCAGGAAAUUUUGUAGAAUCUGAUAUUGUUACAGAUUCUACAAAGUCUAUGGGCAGAUUUGAAAACAGCAACUCCCAUGCCACAGUCUUCUCAUGCCAAGCCCAAGAAUUUAUUUGUAAGUGA